AUGGACGAUCGAUACAAUGAUUUAGAUGAUCUACCGGAUGGAAAUGAGGAAAAUCAAGAGGAAGCACUUUUGCAACAGAAUCGACGAGUUCAAGACGAAUUAUCGAGGAAUCUCAUUGGGUUUUGGCUACUUGGUCUAUGCAACAAUUUCGCCUACGUGAUCAUGCUCUCCGCGGCACAAGACAUUUUGGAAAGUGGACAUCAAAAUAAGACCUCGGACACGUGUGAGGAAGAGAUUGUGGCAAGGAAAUGCGCGGAGAUGUCCACCGGAUCAGUUCUUUUAGCCGAUAUCAUUCCGGCGCUUCUCAUCAAGAUUUUCGCUCCGCUUUUUAUUCAACGAGUGCCAUUUGGCCUCCGUCAUUUCCUCGUCGUCAUCUUCCAAUCAUUCUCAUUUCUCCUAGUCGCUUUAGGCGGAAAUGUAUUCACCGCGCUUUUCGGCGUCGUUUUAGCGAGUUUCGCAUCGGGUUUAGGAGAGAUCUCCUAUUUGGCGCUCGCGUCGAAUUUCAAGAACAGCGUCAUCUCGGCCUGGUCCUCGGGUACCGGUGGAGCCGGGAUCUUUGGUGCACUCACCUAUGCGAUUUUGACAGAUCCCUUCAUGCUAUCUCUUUCUCCGAAAAACGCGCUUUUAUCAAUGCUGGUCGUGCCGGUGAUUUUCGCGUAUAGUUAUUGGUACAUUUUGCGAAUUCCGCAAAGCGUUCAUCGAGUCCGAGUGUUUGACUAUCGAACCUACACGAUUGGAUAUCAAAUUGGCUCUAGACAUCGCUCAGGGCAAUCCGAGUCCGACACUGACACUCAAUCAAGCCCACUUCUGCAGGGAAUUGAAUAUCGUGAUCACGAGCCGUUCAACUUUGGCCAGCUCUCUAACAAGGAGAAAUUAAACGCGAUAAAGCCUCUCUUGCCCUUCAUGCUCCCGUUGAUGUUGGUUUACUUAGGCGAGUACUAUAUCAAUCAGGGAAUGUUUGAACUGAUCGUUUUCGAUUGUAAGCACGGCUUUGGCUUCAGCCCGGCGAGCCAAUAUCGAUGGUAUCAAGUUCUUUACCAAUUCGGGGUCUUUGUUUCCCGGUCUUCUUCCGGAGUGAUUCUAUUGCCAGCAAACGUUUUGCCUCUCUUGGCUAUACUUCAGCUAUUGAACGCUUUUCUGUUCAUGUUUGAUGCUUGGCUACACUUUUCUCCUCACAUUCUCUUCGUUUUCUUCAUUAUUUUCUAUGAAGGACUUCUCGGCGGUGGAGCUUACGUGAACACGUUUCGAGGCGUGCAUAAAGUGGUGCCGCUCGAGCGACGAGAAUUUGCGAUGGGUUUCGUCUCGAUCUCGGACACGGUGGGGAUCGUUUUUGCCGGAAUUCUCGCCAUUCCAGCGCAUAAUUUUAUCUGUAAAUUAGCCUGG